GAUACUGACACGACACACCGCCAACUUAUAAGAAAAUGCGCGUCAAAGUAACUUUUGUAUGUGUGUUUCUUUGGUUUAUUUGUGAUCGAGUGACCACCGUAGUUAUAAGAAAUAACUGUAGCGAUUGCAUUGGCUACAAAUUAUGUACCGCUGCCGUGGUAGCCACAGACAUGGCUCUGCUCACCCAGCUUCAGAACGCCGACUGCGGGUUAGACGAUGCCAAGCUACGGAAGAUAUGCUGUGCCAAGCUGACAGCUGGAGUGGAAACCGCAAUGGCGAACACCCUUCAUUACCAUCCAAACGUUCUUCUGUUACCGGAUAACUGUGGUAUCGGGGAGGAAGAUGGUUAUGCAGACAGAGUCGCAGGCGGGGUUCCGGUGCUGGGGCUGUACGAGUAUCCAUGGAUGGUCUUCAUAUCCUAUAAAACACCUGAGGGUAUUCAGUUCCUGUGCGCUGGUAGCCUCAUCAAUGAGCGUUACGUGUUGACCGCGGCCCACUGUCUCUCAGGCCUGGACGUGUUCAGUGUGAGGAUACGAGUUUAUGAGGACUUGGACUGCCAGGGAGCUUCGUUCGGAUGUGAAGCUAGUAUACAGGAUAUACUCAUAGAAGAAGCUAUUCCUCAUCCGGGAUUCGGCCGCAAGCCAGUCAUAAGAAAUAACAUCGGACUCCUGAGGCUGGAAAAUCCUGUGAAUCUAUUAUUCAACGACGAUGGCACAAUUUGCUUGCCAGUGACCCGCUCCAUGCGCCACCGCAAUAUAGUCGGGCAGCCAGCUACCGUCGCCCACAGAGAGCACUCGGAGAAAAGCUACGAGUCGGCCACGCUGCUCUAUAUCAACGUGUCCGUACACACUGCCCAGUACUGCCGGGAGCAGUACAGCAGAGUCACAAAACACGGCGAAGGAGAGGACAUGAUUAACAAGAUCUGCUCUAGCGCCAACUACAAGGGUCCCUGUAUAGGGUUCUCAGGAGCCCCUUUAAUGGUGUGGGAUCAAUUUGGGGACCGUAAACGAUUUAUCCAGUAUGGCAUCGUGUCGACCGGAGAAAAUCGGUGCGGCAUUCUUUUCCCUAAAGUGUACACUGACGUCACCAAGUACAUGGUGUGGAUUUUGAACACGAUAAAACCAUAGGUAAAAAGGAUAGCGAGGAAGGAAAUGAAUUAUUUAUAAACACGAUUUUUUUAAUGACUUAAUAAAUGGACUUUAAUAAAUUA